AUGAAGGGCAACCUGUACGAGCUCGAUAUCAAGGUGAGUCACUCAACUGCUGCUAACGUUUGUCAGGUGGAGCAAAACCAGCUCUGGCAUCGGCGCCUGGGGCAUCUUGGCCAAGGUGGAAUGGCCAAAGUCUUGCAGAAGAAGCUGACGACUGGUGUGGACUUCGAACCUGGACAAAAUCGAUUCUGCGAUGUCUGCGCCCAGGGAAAGCAGUGCCGAAAAUUUUUCGACGGAACGCGUCAACAGGCGACGCGACCCCUCGAGCGGAUCCAUUCGGACGUAUGCGGCCCAAUUGACCCGCCGGCAUGGGAUGGACCAAGACGCACUUCGCCAUGA